CAAGCGUGACUGAAUUUGUGCAGCAAUGUAGGCUCAGCAUCACAGCACGGAUGAAAAAUGAAGGUGGAAAUAUCGGGCAUUGCACGCCCUCAGAUGUAUUAUUAUCCUCUAUCCCACGCGUAGCAUUUACCUAUAAAUACAGUAGCUCGUUACAUUUGGUUCAUAUUAUAUUUUGCCACAUUGCUCUGUUCGUCUAACCUCUAAAUCAGGGCCCAUAAUAUUAUUUUCAUGUUUUAGGUUUGACUAUUUAUACUUCUGUAUGCAGUUGUCCGGAAAUAGAAAAGAUAAACGAUAAUGCUUUAAUAAAAAUAAACCUUUUGUGCAAUACUGUGGUUGUGCUGUUGAUGGUCCCUGCAUUAUUUUAGCCAUAGUGGAAAUCCUCCAACAUCCCUGCAAACGCACCGACGCUGUGCGUGCAUGCGUCACGUGACGUCACCGGAAGUGUAGCCACGUCGUCGUUUAGAAGGCGGAACCGGGAAAAGCAGGAAGCUUCAUAUUUAUGACCGUACGAUACGAAUCCUCCAGGUAACUUCACAAUGACUUGGUUUAAACGACGUGUCUUUCACGUUUAAUAUAUAAGAGGCAGUAGAAGAAAGGAGUGGAUGAUGGCCCAGUUCCAGGAAGUAUUAAGGCAGUCCAGUCUUCAUCCUAAACCUGCAGGACUGGUUUUGCAGUAUGGCACUGCUGGUUUUAGAACCAAUGCCAAACACCUGGACCACAUCAUGUUCAGGAUGGGACUACUGGCCACUCUGAGGUCCAAAAAGACUAAAGCCACCAUUGGAGUCAUGGUCACUGCAUCACACAAUCCUGAGGAAGACAACGGGGUAAAGCUGGUUGACCCCAUGGGAGAGAUGGUGACUCAAGCAUGGGAAGGUUAUGCCACCCUGCUGGCUAAUGCAGAACAGCAAGAUGUGCUCACUUCUCUGAAGGAAAUUAUAGAGAAAGAAGCUGUAAACAUGAGCCAGGAGGCAAACGUGUUUUUGGGCAGAGACACCAGGUGCAGUAGUGCCAGACUCUCACAGGCGGUGUUGGACGGAGUUUCUGCCCUUGGAGGUCACAGCAAAGAUUAUGGCUUGGUGACAACCCCGCAGCUCCACUAUAUGGUUUGCUGUCAGAACACAGGUGAUAAAUACGGAGAGGCCACAGUAGAAGGAUACUACAACAAACUCAGCCAGGCUUAUAUUCAACUCAUCAAGCAUGCACCAAACUGCACAGAUGACCAGAAGCACCUCUGUGUGGAUGGCGCUAACGGCAUAGGGGCGUUGAAGGUGCGCGAAAUGGAGGCUCACCUGAAGAGUGGGCUGCAGAUUUCCCUUGUCAACGAUGGCUCCCAAGGAAAGCUGAACGACCAGUGUGGAGCCGACUUUGUCAAAGUGCAACAGAAACCUCCAUCAGGUAUGAAGAUGAACCCAGGGGAGCGCUGCUGCUCCUUUGAUGGAGACGCUGACAGAAUCGUUUAUUACUACACUGACUCUGAAGGACAGUUUCACCUGCUGGAUGGAGACAAAAUUGCUACUCUCAUCAGCACGUUCCUUAAAGAACUGCUCACACAGGCUGGUUUAAACUUGAACAUAGCAGUGGUGCAAACUGCUUAUGCUAAUGGAAGCUCGACACGCUAUCUGGAGGACACAAUGAAGGUAAUAGUGAGAUGUACAAAGACUGGGGUGAAGCAUCUGCAUCACGCAGCGCAGGAGUUUGACAUCGGCGUAUACUUCGAAGCCAAUGGUCACGGAACUGUGCUGUUCAGUAAGUCAGCUGAGGAGAAGAUCCAGCAACUGUCCAAAGACCCCAACACUGAUGACGAGAGGAAGACGGCGGCUCUUCUUCUGCAAAACACCAUCAACGUCAUCAACCAGACUGUAGGUGAUGCCAUAUCUGACAUGCUGUUGAUUGAAGCCAUACUGGCCACCAAAGGUUUGACUGUCCAACAGUGGGACGCCAUCUACAGUGACCUGCCAAACAGGCAGCUCAAAGUCAAGGUGUCAGACCGCAGGGUAAUUGACACAACAGAUGCAGAGAGACGGGCAGUGCGCCCAGCAGGCCUGCAGGAGACCAUUGACAGUUUAGUAAAGAAGUACAGACAGGCCCGUUCCUUUGUGAGACCCUCCGGCACCGAGGACGUGGUGAGAGUUUAUGCUGAGGCCGAGACACAGGAGAGUGCUGAUGCCCUGGCACAUGAAGUCAGCCUUGCAGUGUAUCGCCUUGCAGGAGGAGUGGGAGAUGAACCUAAACCCUUGCACUAGAAACAUUUUCAUAUGAGCAACAAUACUCGAGAAUUCUCUGGAACGUAGGAGCAUUAAAUGAGCAGAAGGAAGGAGAGGCUGACAGGAAGUUAGACAAAGGCAGAGCAGAGUGACAGGACACAGCACACGGCCUCCAGUGAGGGUAAUGAGCACACGGUUGGAGCGCCACCACCUACAGGUACAGCUUCUUCUUACCACCUCUGAGUUUGAGGACACUCAAAGCAGCGAAACUCUGGCAUGAUGUAUAGAUCUACAAAGGUUGCGAGUGACGAAUGGUUCAUUCUUCAUCUGCGUCGUCGGCUGCUCCGGAGAUGGUAAUGAUGCGUUCCUGUGUGUUACUCUCAUAAGUGUCGUCAUCCGUCUUAACUGUUCUGGGAGAAAUGGAGAGCAGGAAAACGGAACAAGAUUAAUAACAGUGCUGUGUGUUUGUGGCAGACUGUACCAAACUACUGCGGUACCUGAUGAGGACGGUCUUCCGCUCAGUCCUCUUAGUUGCUUGUUCCUCAAACCUACUCUCUGUUUGGGUGUCAGAUGAAACCAUCUCCACUCGUCUACCACCUGGAGGCU